AUGGGGAAACCGUAUCAUCAUCUGGUUGGAUCACGUUUUGUUCCCAAUGAUCUAGGGCUGGUGAGGUAUCUCCUUCGCAACAUGGUGGAGAGGAAGCAGAGCAGUGUCGAGAUAACAACUAUGGACGUCUACCAAGCCGAGCCGUGGCUUCUUCCUCACGUAAGCAAUCGUCUUUUCAAGAAGAAGGAAUGGUACUACUUUGUUCCAAAAUUUCGUGACAAGAGAUCAAGCCGGAGUGUACCACGAAGAGGAGGAAGCAAAGCUGGCUUUUGGAGAAGCGGCGUCAGGAAAGAAGAUAUCAAGGACGGAAAUAAAAUCAUUGGUUACAAGACGCCUCUUACGUACCACACCAUAGUGAAUGGAGAAAAGAAGAAGACCGAUUGGCGCAUGACCGAGUAUUCUCUUCACGGAGUUGGCAAGGGCUUCCAAGAUUGGGCCUUGUGUAUGAUCCGAGACAAGACAAAGACGAAAGUGGACAAACGCAUUAACCAUGUUCCUCAAACUCAGACUCAGCCUCGGCCUCAUUCGCAAUAUCAACUUCAGCCUCAGCCUCAGGUGGCGGCGGAGAACACCAACAACAUCCUACCGAACCAAUUAGUGCAUAAAGAGGCUGAUUUUACCGGGUUUGCUGAGGAGCUUGAGACGAUGAUGCUAGAGGGACAAGAAGAUCGUGAAGCUACUGAACAACAGCAAGAAGAAGAGAUACCGCAGAUCCACGACAACAACAACAACAACGUCAUGAUGUGGAAUCAACAAGUGCAAAAAGAAGCUGAUUUAACCAGUUUUGCUGAUGAACUUGAGACGAUAAUGCUAGAGGGACAAGAAGAUCGUGACAUUACUGAACAACAACAAGAAGAAGAGAUACCGAUGAUUCCUCUGGGGCAGAUCCACGANAUUGGCGCAUGA